AUGGUGCGACAUCAAAAGGCUGUUUGCUCGACUUGCCGUCGUCGCAAAAGCAAAUGCGAUGGAGGCAUUCCGCGUUGCUCCGCUUGCGUCGCUAGCUCGUCUACUUGCCAUUAUGAGAAAGCACCGUCCAUCGCUUAUGUGCGCUCCUUGCAGUCCCGGAUUCAUGAGUUGGAAGCAAAGUUGAAGAAUUCUGAAGGUGUCUCUUCUCCGCCCUCCCCUAUUCUUGACACUUCCGCCUUCAUCAACCAAGACGACAACUCCAUUUCUCUAAAUGCCCAAGGGGGCGUCAUUUACCACAACAAAACCUCGGCCAUCCACGAAGAUCCACCGGAUGCUUCCGAUGAAUCACCAACUUCUGCAACUCAGCCUUCUACAUCAGCAGCCGUUGAGAAGAUUACCAAUGAUACUAGACACCGCCUUGUUGCAAAUGCUGCGGCUCAGAAGAAUCUCGAAUUGCUUACCUUGAAUGGCACAUCGCCACAGGCUGAUAUACCACCAGAGAUUUGUAGCGUGCUGUUAAAGCUACAUUGGUGCUGGUUACACCCGAGCUUCUUGUUUGUGUAUCGCCCGGCGUUCACAAGAGAUAUGCUUCAAUCCGCAAGCCAAGGGCAUGACGCCACGUACUGCUCUGCUACCUUGUUCAAGGUUCUAUGUGCUCAUAGCUGUCGCUUUAUCCGUGAUCCAGAAGCUUUGUGGAGUCCCGAAGACUACAAUGAAAACUUCUCUCGGCUUAGCAAUCGUCUCAUGUCAGAGGCAAAAACACUUUUAGCGAUGGAAACACUAAACGAACCAUCAAUACCUACGAUUCAAGCACUGUUGCAACAAUCCGCUCGUGAUAUUGCAUGUGGUCGAUCAUCAUCUUCCUGGCUUUAUUCCGGCAUGGCCUUUCGCAUGGCGAUUGAUCUCGGACUGCACGUUUCUCCUGAUGUGUUGCAACGUCACUCCUGGCAAAUCUGUGGGUAUAAAAUUAAGCAACGAUAG